AUGGAAACCAACCAUACUUUUAAAGCCCCUUGGUCUAUCGGCAAAGGCAAAGCAAGUAGUGGAUCGUUGGGGAUUUGGGCAAAUUUCCUCCAGGCUGUAGGCGUUACAGCGGAAUCCAACUUUGACUGGAAUAACGCCAAUGACGUGUCUCAUACAUGCGAAAGACUCGAUACAUACUCCAUAGAGCCAACGGACGACUAUGUCAAAGACAGCGUCAAAGCCGUUGCUACUGAGGCCGUCAAGCGCAGGCAGCGUCUGUUCAUGGUAACAGGCGUCAAGAUAGCACGUGGUGCAGUCGGCUCAAUCUCCUCUUCGAGGCGUGUUGGGGGCGGUGCACGAGCUGGAUUUGGUGGUGAAAGCUUGGGCGUGCCGUUGGAUGGCGGACCGCAGUUCACCAUAUCCAGGGAUGUCUACGACGAAGAGACAUAUGGGGAAUCGUCAGAUUUUGUCUUUGCAUACCGUAUCCGCCGGAUUGUUUAUCCUAAGGGAGGCUGGGAAUCGACACAGGCGGGGCCGAGUAUUGUGAAUUACGGAGGAUGUGAGGCGAACAUAGGAUCUAUUGAUAUUGGGCUUUCAGCAGCAGGAAAUAGUGUUGCCUCAGAUAUCGAUGGGCUCACACUUGGGGAUGACCGUUUCGUGCUCGAGGAGUUCGGGCAUAAGGCCAACUUACGUUCUUUUGUUGAUGAGAGUUAUGAGGACGGUCUAUUUGUUUCGUUUCGCUGA